AUGGGCAGGCCGUGGGUGGGGUUUGGGUGUGGAGGCGGUUGUGGGAAGAGAGGGAGGGUGGGGGACUGGACGGAUGCUAACUUUGACAUCUUUACGCAGACAAUCAAAAAGCCAAGAAGAGAUGUUUGCUUUCCUUCGAGCAGAGGGAAAAAUGUCAACCGAAUUGUCGCUGAAAUCGUCGUGCACGGUGCAGUGGAUGUUGACAUUGGAAUUAUACGGAAGCAAUUGCAAGCACAUGACUUUGUGCCUGUCCUUGUGGCAAAACCAUGGCUCAGAACCGCGCCAAAUGCUUUGAAUGUGGCGCCAUUGAUGGAAAUAACCGCUCAGCAUCACUUGUCUAUUUCCCAUACAAAGCUUCCAAGGCCUUCUUCUUCUUCAAGUUUCAGAGCUUCUGCUGCCUCUCUUCUUGCUUCUACUACUUCACUACCUUUUCAGUGCUCCAACAACAUUCUCCAAGGCCAAGGUGUACUUAGGAUCAAAGGGAAGCAGCUAAGAAGUACAUUUGGCCCCAUCUACGCCUCCUCCUCUGAGGCUCAAAGUCCUCCUCCACCUCAAAAAUGGCUUCUGGAACCUGUCGGUGAUGGAGAUACAAGGCAUAUAGGUUUCAAGGUUCCAAUGCCAAGUGCGUUUGAAAUUUCUUCUGAUGAGGUCACCGUUGGCCGUCUUCCAGGGGAAGCUGAUAUGGUGAUUUCGGUUGCAACAGUAUCUGGUGUUCAUGCUCGCAUUCAAAAGAAAGAAGGGAAACUCUUGGUAACAGAUUUGGACAGCACAAAUGGGACCUUCAUUGAUGACAAACGGUUGAGUGCAGGAGUUGUUGCCACUGUGCCACCUGGAUCUUGUCUUACAUUCGGUGAUGAACACUUAGCUGUGUUUCGUGUCUCAAAAUUGGAGAAUGUGGAAGCUGCAAGCAACCCAGAUCCUUCUGAAGAUAAAGUAGAGGCUGAUAUCCCAAAUGAAAAUGUGAAGACCAGUUGA